AUGUUGUUCAAGAGCGCACUGUUGGCUGCGGCCACGCUCUCUCCCUCGACCUUGGCCGCUUUUGGCGCCUCGCAGAGUGGGGACAACAUCGUUGUUGAUACUGGCGCGACCAAUCCCCUCAUCUUUACCGUCAAUGCAAAGAGUUGUGAUAUCACUUCGAUCAAAUAUCGAGGAGAAGAGUUGCAGUCCUCAGAGAAGGGAUCGCACAUCUCAUCUGGACUAGGCACUGCAACUGUCAAAUAUGAGACGAUUAGCGGCCAAUAUGUCAAGGUUACCUGCACAACUAGUACCUUGACGCACUACCUUGUCGCGAAGUCCGGCGAAGCGACAAUAUACAUGGCGACAUAUACGACUGCCGAGCCCAGCAUCGGUGAAUUGCGCUUCAUCGCUCGUCUGAAAAGUAGCGCUCUACCACUAGAGUAUCCCUUUGGCGUCGUAUCAACAACUGUUGGGUCGACAUCGACGGUCGAAGGGUCAGAUGUGUUUGUAGUUAACGGGCAAACGCGAAGUAAAUUUUACUCGAGUGAGCGCUUCAUUGACGACACUACACACUGCGUCUAUCGUGAUGGUACCGACGCAGUUCACGCCUGCUUCCUUAUGAACUCCUACUCUUACGAAGCCUCAUCCGGUGGCCCUUUCCACCGCGACAUCAACACAAACAACGGAGGAGACUACACUUCAUUGACAUUCUACAUGAACAGUGGCCACGUUCAGACAGAGAAGUUCCGUCAGGGUCUGCACGGGCCGUAUGCCCUAGCCUUCUCUCGCUCCGGUAUACCUGCAGGUGGCUCCAGUAUGGACACUACAUUCUUCAAGGACCUUAGUGUGACAGGCUAUGUGGCUCCAUCCGCCAGGGGUACAGUGACUGGAACGGCAACAGGUGUUAGCUCCAGUUUCCAACGGGUGUUGCACUGGUACAACGAUGCAUCCCAAUAUUGGGCAUACGCUGAUAGUAGCGGCAAAUUCACAUCGCCAGCAAUGAGGCCUGGCACCUACACCCAGGUCCUCUACCAGGGAGAGUUCAAGGUCAAAGCCGCCAGUGUGACGGUUUCAGCCGGUAAGGCAACCACUGCGAACAUUGCCGCCGAUACCGAAACCAAGACUUCAGUCUGGCGCAUCGGCGAAUGGGAUGGUCAGCCCAAAGGCUUCCGCAACGCAGACAAGCAAUUGCGAAUGCACCCCACAGAUUCGCGCAUGGCAUCCUGGGGUCCAUUGACGUAUACAGUUGGCUCUAGCACCCUUGACAGUGUCCCCAUGGCUAUCGUCAAAGACAACAACCCCCUUACAAUCAAGUUUUCGGGCAUCUCUACCGCCGCGGCGACACUCCGUGUUGGUACCACACUCUCCUUCGCAGGUUGUCGUCCAUCGGUUAUAGUCAAUAGCUUCAGUGCUGCCACACCUGCUGCGCCAACAAAGAUCGAUUCGCGUGGUUUGACUCGAGGCGCAUAUCGGGGGUAUGGGGAGGUCUACAACUAUGAUAUACCAGCUGGUACGUUGGUUAGCGGAAGCAACACCAUCAAGAUUAGCUGUACGAGCGGAAGUUCCGGUACUGGCUUUCUGGCUCCAAAUGUGAUUUUGGAUGCGAUAGAGUUGUUCAAUUAG